AUGUCGGAGAGACCAAGUCGUCACCAGAGAAGACCUUCUCAGAGCGUUCCGAUCUCACUUGAGGAUCUUUCCGAUGAUAUCUCUCUCACUACAAAUCCUCCGACCUCCAUCACUUCUCAGCCCCCACGUCAUCAGAUCCCUCCGCCGUCUCCGGCAGCUCCUCCGGCAAACCGUAGCAACAAUGAAGAUAAUGCAAGCAAGGAUCACAAAGGAAAUGCUUCUUCUAAUUGA